GGGCCAUCGUUCCCCACCUCUUUCGUAGCGUCUCAAGACUCUAAGCCUAGUAACCGUAGCAACCAAACACGCAGGGAAGGGGCUUGGUAACCAGUCUAGCAGGAGGCUGGCUGUGGCCUCCCGUCCUUUGAGAAGCCCAUGGACGCAUCUCACCGAGCUGCUUUGCUCACCGCCUCCUGCCUGCAUACGCCGGUGAACCCGCGCACCAAGGCGCCGGCGGCGCUUUAUGAACGGGUACCAGAAAGAGACUCGCUUGAAAAUGGCGUGGGGAAGGAAUCCUUAAGUCCAGGGGGAGAAUACGGUUCCAUCAUGUGUGCUGAUUGUAAAGAUUGGCUAGAUCUCUCAAACAUGUACCUCUCAAAUCAGGAAUAUUAUUUAAAGCUGGAAGAACUUAAGAAUGCUCACCUGGAAACCAUGGCAAAAUUGGAAGAAAUGUAUCAGAAUAAGCUGUUUCUAAAAGAUGUUCAACCUUUAACUAACACAGACAUGAUUUAUUGUAAGACUUACAGAUCAGCAUGGGAAACUAAACCAUUUCAACUUCAGAACAUGCAUAAAUCAUUUUCUGCAUCUGAUCUGAACAGUUCGUUCCAUUCCUUAAAUUUCUCUGAUGUGACUGAUGAACAACUAGAGCUAGAAACAAGUGACAGUGAUGUUGGAUCACUAACACUGGACAAGACUGAAAAUGCAUGGGAUGGCUGUUUUUUGGAGGAUUAUUCACUCUGCCCUAAAACUGUUUUACCCAAAUUAAAUGUUUUGAAGCUAAGCAAGAAAAAGAAAAAAUGGUUCCCAAAGAUCACAGUACCAGAACCUUUCCAGAUGACUAUUAGAGAAGCUAAGAGGAAGCAACAGAAUAUCAAGUCCAAGUCACUCAUGGAGCUGGAAAAUAACUUGCUGAAGAAACAAUUAGAGGAGGAGGCAGAAUGUCAAAAACAAUUUCGAGCCAAUCCGGUACCUGCACAUGUUUUUGUCCCUCUUUAUCAUGAAAUAAUGCAGGAAAAUGAAGAACGCAGAAAAUCAUUUAGAGAAACGAGGGGAAAUUUUCUUCUAGCUACACAAAAGCCAUUUCAGUUUAUUGAAAGAGAAGCACAAAAGAAAGAACUGAGAAAAAUGCAAUUUUCCUCACCAGAAAAAAAAGCAAAAAUGUUUAAAGCUAAACCAGUUCCUAAAUUUGUUUCCAGUUCAGAAAUGAGGGAGAAAUUAAAGGAAGAAGAACUCUAUAGAGACAUUAGAAUUCAAGCUAGGUCUGAAGAGCUCCUACGUAAUUCAUCACUUCCCAAUAGCAGAUUAGGAAAUAAAGGCACCAUUAGGCCUAGGCAGCAAAACUGCUUUGAACAAAGUGAAGAAUCAAUAUAUAAGUCAAAUACCAAAGUUAAAGUCCCUGAUUUUGAAACAUUACAUAAAAAAUUUCAGAAACAGCUUCAAACACAUAAGAAUGUGAAAAGUGUCACAAUCAGUGAGCCCUUCAAACUCCAUACACCAAAUAUUUCAUCCAAUAAAGAGAAGAUUCUUGAGGACAUCGACAUGGAUGAAGCAACAUUAAAAGAAACACGCUGGCCUUAUGUCUCUAUAAGAUGUCCCCCUCGAACAUUGAAUGCAAGUUCAUAUCCUUCAGGCUGUGUGCUGUCUCCAUCUCCAAGAAUUACAGCAUCUACAAGAAAACGGCUAGAAGCCAUCAGGAAAUCGGCUGAGGAAAAAAAGAAGGUUGAAGAAGAGCAUAAAAGAAGAGAAGCAAAACAAAAAGAGAGAGCAAGAAAGCUACAAAGGCUUAUAGCUACUCGGGCUGAGGCAAAUGAUCCACAUCAGAGCCUAGCCAAGAUGCUUAACUCAAAGUUAAAAUUGUUUAGGAAACAUGAAAAACAGAGAAAGAAAGAAUAUCUGCAGGAACUGGAAGAAAUUGAAGAAAGGGUGGAAAAGAGGCCUCUAUUAUUGGAACAAGCCACACAGAAGAAUGCACGGCUAGCAGCAUCGAAGCAUUAUUCUGAUUUGCUGCGAGAGCUUGGACUAUGUGAAGACUUUAUUUCAAAGAAAGGCCAAACUGCUACUGAAGAGUUUUUGCAGAAUUCCUACAGUAAUAGCUUUGAAAGCUUGGCAGCAAAUGUAGAAAGUGAUAAUGAACAUGAAGAAAAAAGAGAAUCUGAAGGAGAAUAUAAUUCCCAAUUCCAGUCAGCUCAGCAUAGCGGGGAGGAGGAGGAGGAGAAGGAAGAAGAGAAAGAGGAAGAGAAAGAAGAUGAAGAUGAAGAUACUGCCACUCAGUCAGAUCAUGCUGAUCAAGAAACUCCUGAGCAUGACAGUGAAAACGAUUACAAAGAUUCAGUAGAAAAAUCCAGUGAUUAUGAGGGCUGAUUAAAAUAUAUUGCUACUA